AUGUCGGCACAGAGAUUCCAGAGGCUGUCUCUUACCACCUCGAGUGGCCUGAGAUCCGCUCGUAUAUCCUCAUCCACUUUCACCCCGGCACUGUUAAGGCCACAUCUACGUCGCCAGGGGGUCAAAGCCAACAUCGUCAGGGCGAACUCGACCCUCGCAACCUUCAAGGUUCCUACAGUGGCCAAUGAGCUGAACGUGAGUAUGUCUGAGCCCUAUAUAACCGGCAUGUCUGACAAUAUGGGUAGCAACACUAUGCCAAAGGUUCCGAAUCGAGGCACAAGCUCACGGAAGCCUACACGGCGCUUUCUGAGAACCUCCCUGUUGAAGUUCCCAUUCAAAGCAGACACCAAGUACCAGGUGAACCCGGCCGAUCACAAGCAAAAGAUAGCCACUUAUGCCGUGGCAACUCCCGAAAUGGUCAAUUUGGCCAUCAACGCCGCCCUGAAUGCAAAGCCAGCAUGGGAAAACCUGCCCUUCGCUGACCGAGCGGCAGUCUUCCUCAAGGCAGCCGAUCUGAUCAGCACCAAGUAUCGCUACGAGUUGAUGGCCGCAACAAUGCUGGGCCAAGGCAAGAACGCUUGGCAAGCCGAGAUUGAUGCUGCCGCCGAGCUGUGCGACUUCCUCCGCUUUAACGUCCAGUAUGCGGAGCAACUAUACGCUGAGCAACCGGUACAUAACUCCCCUGGCGUCUGGAACCGCGUCGAGUACAGGCCACUGGAAGGCUUUGUCUAUGCUGUUACCCCUUUCAACUUUACUGCCAUCGCGGGCAACCUUCCUGGCGUGGCAGCACUACUGGGCAAUGUUGUGAUCUGGAAGCCGAGCGAUCACGCGAUUCUCAGCAACUACAUCCUGUACAAGGCCCUUCUCGAAGCAGGACUCCCACCCGAUGUCAUUCAGUUUGUUCCAGGCGAUCCUGAAUUGGUGACAAAGGAAGUGCUCGCGCACAAGGAGUUUGCGGCUCUUCACUACACAGGCAGCACUGCCGUAUUCCGCAAGCUCUAUGGGCAGAUUGGCGCUGGAGUUGCUGAGGGUCGGUACCGGUCAUAUCCUCGCAUUGUUGGCGAAACCGGUGGCAAAAACUUCCACCUGAUUCACAAGUCUGCCGAUCUACAAAAUGCUGUUGUCCAGACGGUCCGCGGUGCAUUCGAAUACCAGGGCCAAAAGUGCAGCGCCACUUCCCGACUGUACGUUGCCAAGUCGAUUUGGCCCGAUUUCCAGGAGCUUCUCGUCCAAGAAACGGAGAAGUUGAAGGUCGGCCCACCCCAAGACCAUGGCAACUUCAUCGGCCCUGUCAUUCAUGCCGCCUCCUUCCAAAAGCUGAGCACAGCCAUCGACGAGGGCAGGAAAGACCCAGAACUCCAGUUGAUUACGGGAGGAGAAUACGACAGCUCAACUGGCUACUACAUCAAGCCGACGAUCUUUUUGUCCAAGACGCCAGACCAUAAGCUCUUCUCGACGGAGCUAUUCGGACCCGUCUUGACAGUCUAUGUCUAUGAUGACUACGUAGAUAGCACCAACUCUAUCUAUGAUAUCAUCGACGGUGCCACGGAAUAUGGGCUGACAGGCUCAGUCUUCGCGACGGACCGGGCCGUCAUCCGCCUCGCAGAGGAGAAACUCCGCAACGCAGCAGGCAACUUUUACAUCAACUGCAAGAGCACCGGUGCUGUUGUAGGCCAGCAGCCGUUUGGUGGCAGCCGGGCGAGCGGGACAAAUGACAAGGCCGGCAGCAUCAACAUUCUAAGCCGGUUUGUCAGUAUGAGAAGUAUCAAAGAGGAGUUCAACUCUACGACGACGGUGACCUAUCCCAGCAAUGAGGUAGAAUAA